CCAAAGUUUCGAAAGUCGACGAAAGUUCAAAGGCUCCGACCUCUCAGGACAUCAUCACAUAUCGACAACAUCGCUUUGAAAGACAAGCCAAUCAACUCUAUAGCUCCUGCCUCGAGCCAACUACACUGUCCCCAUCAUAAACUCGGUCCUCCCACGUCACCUCGUCGCCAGCGUCCUCGGCAAGAUGCCUAAAGCACCCAAAGUCCCUCAAUUCCCGCUCAACGGGUUGGUCGGGAUCGAGAAACCUUCAGGGCCGACGUCGAUGAGCAUCAUCGAUAGCAUCAAACCGCUCCUCUGUGAAUCGAAAUUCUUCCUCCCGCCGAAUACCAACAAUCACACCAGGGCUGAUGCUAAAAAGAUGAUGAAACGCAAGGGAGGGCUCAAGGUCGGGCAAGGGGGGACCCUGGAUCCGUUGGCCGAUGGGGUGUUGGUUCUGGGGAUCGGGAGGGGUACCAAGCAUCUGGGCCAGUUUUUGGAGUGUACCAAGUCUUAUACGACCGUCGGACUUUUGGGAUCUUGCACGACCUCGUUCGACUCGGAAGGAGAGAUCAUCUCGACGGCUCCUUAUGCUCAUGUCACCCGGGAAACGAUCGAAGGCGUGUUGGACAGGUUUAGGGGAAAUAUUUAUCAGAUGCCACCGAUCUACUCGGCAUUGAAGAUGGACGGGAAACCUUUGUAUGAAUACGCCAGGGAGAACAAACCUCUUCCCCGAGCGAUCGAUCCGAGGGCGGUGACCGUCUCCGAGCUCGUACUGGAAGAGUUCACACCCGCUCAAGUCGUCGAGGGGGACGGUGGACAUACGUAUAACCCGCCCGUCAAGCAUCUCAGCGAGGAAGAGGUCGCUACUUACCGCAAGCUGACCGAGUUGACCAAGACGGCGGCGAGUGGUCAGGCGGAGGGGUUGAUGGAUAUCCCCGCUGCUGAUGCCGAAGUCAAGGCAAAGGAGGACGCUCAACAUGGCUCAUCGACCGUGACCCAGGUCAAACCUCCUACAUUCAAACUCCGCAUGACCGUCAGUUCGGGAACUUAUGUCCGCUCGAUCGUACACGAUAUCGGACUCGCCAUCGGCUCUGCAGCACACGUCGUCAAGCUCACUCGAACCCGUCAAGGGCAAUUCACCCUCGAGCCCGAGUCUACGGAAGCGACGCGGGAAGAAGACUUUUUCGUCUACGACGAGGACGGUCCGGACAAGUUUGAUUUCGGCGAACGUAAAGGCGGGGUCAUCUCGUGGGACGUCAUGGAGAGGGCGAUCAAACAGCGCAAAGCCGAGAUCGAGGAGGAACACGAGAACGAGCAAAAGAUCGCUCAGGGCGAUGUCGAUGAGGAGGAGCUGUUGGCGAGCAAGCCGGAUAAUGGGAAAUGGCGACCGAAAGAGUGGGAGCGAGAGUUUUUCGCGAGGUUCGUCUCGAAGGAUUAGACUUGGGACGAUGCGGGGGUGUAUGAGAUGUAAUCAAGACCAGGCGGAAAUACAAUGCGAUGAAAGCACAGU